AUGAAAGGCAGCGAGCUUCCCGAGACAAUGGCUAUCAGAAGAAAUCAUUCCUUUAUCCUCCUGUUGACCCUGUUUUUGGCAGCAAUAUGUCAAAGCAAUGCUUUUGUGGUACCAACGCAACCGAUGAGCGUUGGUCGGCGGCCUGUGGGUAUAGGGGCUGAUCCAUCCAUGAGGAUAACUCCAAAACAACCUUUGUAUCCAUUGUCACAGCUUCGCAAACACUCGACGACAAUUCACAAGAGAAGCCGUCACAAUCAGCAACUGCAUCUGGCAUUGCAGGAACCAGUGAUCCAAUACUUGACAUCCAUGUUUCGUUGCACAGGUGGUGUUCCCUUUGCACAAGCCUUCACUAUUAAUGCCGUGGGAAUCAGCAUCCUGCAAAAGCCACUCUCCAAGAUGCUCACAGGAGCCGGAUUACUCAAUGCUUUGAUCUUGGGCACUUCGCUCUGGCAAACGUUGGGCUGGAAGGGAUGGUCAGUUUGUGUGGCAUAUCUCUUCCUGGGAGUGCUGGUCACCAAAAUUCGAUUCAGUGAAAAGGAAAAGAUGGGAAUAGCCGAAUCGAGAGGAGGGAAGCGAGGCCCUGAAAACUUGUGGGGCUCGGCGGCAACCGGGCUUGCUUGUGCCAUUUGUUCACGACGAGGAUCCUCCUUUCUGGGGAUCCCAUCCAAUCUCUACAUUCUGGCCUAUGUUGCUUCUUUGGCUACCAAACUCGCCGAUACUUUUGCUUCUGAAAUUGGCAAGGCAUUUGGCAAGACAACCUUUCUCAUCACCACCUUUCAACGCGUCGAACCGGGUACUGAAGGUGCUGUUUCCGCUGAAGGGACUGCUGCUGCUGCCCUGGGAGGAUUCAUUCUGUCAGCCUAUGGGUGGUCACUGGGAAUGAUAUCUGCCAAGGGUGUUGCUAUUUCAACCGCUGCCGCUUUUCUGGCCACCAAUGCGGAAAGCUUGUUAGGUGCAAUUCUGCAGGAUAAGGAAGGAUUGGAAUGGAUUACCAAUGAGGUGAUCAACUUUUUGAAUACAUUGAUUGGUGGUGGUUUGGCUAUUCUGGGAGGCAAGCUGUUUCUGUAG